UGACGUCAUAGGUGAGCGCCUCUGCUGGCCUUCGAAAUGGGCUCGACUGCCUUGCCUUGAUUUCUUCAAUUUUCAACCCUGGAUAUCUGCUUUUUAUAUAAACGUCUAUAUGAGCAACCGUCUGUCCGCAAUGACAUUUGGAGGUGAAUUUGCAAACAACCUGAACCAGGUAAUUUUAGAACUGGUUUGUGUGCAGGCCGAUUGGCUUGCAAGCAUCAGUUCCUGUGCUGUACAGUAAAAAUACAAUCCUAGCCAGAAGAUUGCAAUGAAACCUGCUCAGGAGCGCAACCAGGAGUGCCUACCUCCUAAGAAGAGGGACCUCCCACUUGCCAGCAGUGGUGGAGCUGGAGGCUGUGGAGGAGGUGGUGCUACAAAUGGAAGUGGUGGUGGUACUAGUGGUGGUGGUGCUGGUGUUGAAGAAGAUGGAGUAGUUUCGAUCCAGAACUCAGCAACAAACAUUGAAACUCAGGGAGGCAAUCCAUCUGGAGAGUGGCUACGGGCCCAGCCAGGGCUUCAUUAUGGAAUGGAAAAUUCUGAUGGUGUACCAGCGGUGCCAGUGGACCAGUAUAGUAUGUUCUACAAAGUGGCUAUUCCUGCGACCUAUUCACAAACCAGUCUUCACCCAGUGUUAAGCCACAUCUCUCCAGCCUACACUGUUCAUUCUCCUCUUCUACAGCACCCAGGCCUUCCCUACCCUCCUCUUGGUUAUGCACAGAUCCCACAUUCAUCCCUACAGUUUGUUAGUUCUCCUUAUGCAGCAGUACCUUAUGCUUUAACUCCUGGUUUUGUCCCAGGUUCACUGAUCUCCCCAUCAGGCACUAUCCCUCAACCCCAUCUUGUUCCUUAUCCAUCUGUUAUACAGGAAGGUGUUGUUACCCCACCACCCCAGGCUCAAGUAGCCUCUCAUACCUUUGCCAAAGUGGCAGCAACUAGUGGUGUCCCGGUGGUGCUGCCAUCAGAGCAAGCAGCUGAGCAGCACAUUAGUUCUGUGGGAAUUCUUCCUGCAUCCGAACUCAGCUCCCGGGGAAUGUCCCUCUACUACCAUCCUCAGGGAGCUAGGGCUUCAACUAGAGAUCCCCACAUUACUCAGCCAGAAAAUGAACAAGAAAUAAACGGAAGGGAUAAAGAGCAGCGUCUGAGAGAAGCCACACCAGACUCAAUAUACACCGCAAGAAUUGCACGAAGGCCUCAGGCAGCCCAGGAACACAGCCAAGAUAGAAGCCAGCAGAACCAAAUGCUUGAAGAGAGGAACUCACCUGGCCAACGCAGCACUCCAGACAGUGACCUCGAAGUCCAGCAAGUGGUGGGGCGUUUGGUUUCCUCUGGCCAAGGUGGUAGUGGACUGCGAAAAGAAGUUUCCUUUGCUCCUUUGAACCUCUCUCAGGAUACCCAGCGAGCAAGAGCUGUCCAGGGAGAAAGUGGCUCAAGUCAAACUGCAUUCUCUGUACAGCAUACCAAUUAUAGCGACCCCAGAGUGUCUGGGCUGCAGCAGCAAACAGGACAACACGCAGUUGUUCUUGCCAAUGGCCAACCAGUUAUCAUUCCUUUGGAAUAUCAUCCACAGCAUCAGCCUCAAACACAGCAGCAACACUACUCUGAAACUGCUAAUGAUGCCUCUACCAGCCAUGCCUCAACCAACAUGGCCCCAAUUAAUCAAAGCUUUAAAGUUUCUGAUUCUUCAGCCAGAGUAUGCCAGAUUGAAAGGGUUGAGCAGCCUACAACUCAACAGCAGCUUACCCAGCAUCCUCCUGUCCAGACUACAGCAGAGGUGACUCAAGUUUUGGCUUCAAGCCUCACUCCUGCCCCAACUUCCUCCUGUAAUCCCUCACACUUUAUGAAAGGGGCUAUCAUUCAGCUGGCGACUGGAGAACUGAAGCGUGUGGAGGAUCUCCAGACUCAAGACUUUGUGCGGAGCGCUGAGGUGAGUGGAGGUCUUAAGAUUGACUCCAGUAUGGUGGUAGACAUCCGUGCCAGCCAGCAGAGACCGGGACUUGUGUCACUUCACUUUACUGUGGGUGAGCAGCAGAGCAAGGUGACCAUCGAUGUGCCCCCAGAGCACCCCUUUUUUGUUUUUGGUCAGGGCUGGUCAUCCUGCAGCCCCCAGCGAACGGCCCAGCUGUAUGGCUUAACUUGUCAUAAUCUGCAAGUGGGAGAUGUAUGUGUGUCCAUCACCCUGCAGCAGCAGCAGCAGCAGCAACAGCAGCAGCAGCUACAGUCAUUCACACAGUCACAGUCACAGCCACAGUACAGUCAUUCACAGCAACAACCACAGCAGAAUCUGACCAGAACUCUGAGCAAAUCCAAUCCAACACCAGGAUCUGGACACCAGCUUAUGGGGCCGCCUGCCCCUCACCAAUCACGGCCUCAGUCUUAUUUUAAGUUAGACCGUGUCCACAGAGAGAGACAGAGAGAUGAAGAAAAAGAGCUGGCUGAUAUAGAUGAAGGCAAAGAUGUGAGUGCUGUUGGCCACUCCGAGUCCCCCAUCAGACCAAGUAGGACAUCAGCCGAGCAUCCAAGGAGCCACAGCAGCUAUCACUUACACACAGACGGCACGGCUUUUUUAAUGCAUCAAGGGCCCGGUGCUUCUCAGAGGCGCUGGUCCUCACCUGGCCUCCAAAGAUUCAGUGUGAAGGGAGAUGAGGGGUCACGCCCCCAUGUAAGCACCUCCGCUCACAUUAGGCCCUCGUUCAUUCCCCAGGAGGUCAAACUGUCCAUUGAGGGACGUUCUAAUGCAGGAAAGUAGCAUCACGUUUGGUAGCAACUCUACAAGAGACUGCCAACAUUUUGAGUCUGACAAAGAGAAAAGAGGAAAAACGUGUGAAUGUAGCCUCAGAAUGUGAGAUUUUGCACAGCUAAAAUAAAAAAACAAACAAAAAAAAAAAACAAAAAAAGCCCUAAGAUCUUUCUCUAUCUGGUGAGAGGUUCUGGUGUGGUUUGUUUGUCACUCAGCCAAAGGAUUUAAGCCAGUGCUCUCCCAGCCAGCUGAGGUCUGACAGGGACACGGAAAGUCGGGUAGAAACCAUGUAGCUAAUGAAAUGUCUCAAUACACACUGCAUUUCUGACCUCUGCCUCUUUUGUCACCACUUCCUCAUCAUCAAGCUUGGAGGUUACUGUUGUGUUAAAAAUACACUUCCUUUGUUGACCAAACUUGUCUUUUUGAAAGACCAUAAACAAAGAAUGUUUGUAGCACAGCAAAGCUACAGACUCAGCAGAGACCACAACCAGUGGUUCUGUGUGUUCCAUUUCUAGAUUUUCCCCUAUAAGUGUGUACUCCCUUAUAAAGAGUUACGUUGCUGACAUCAUUCACUCUUGUGUUGAUGCUGGCACAGUGUUUGUUACAUUGUGCUUCUUGGACAGGAGUGUAAGGUCUGUGCUGUCAGCAGAGACACUGUCUCCUUUUCUGUCCUCUCUGAAGGUCAAACUGCAAAAAAAAUUCUCUCAGGCCAAUUGUGCCACUUUCUGCUGGUUAUACAAUCACAGCAUCAGUCAUCAAUCAGUGAUUAACAUUCAGCAGGCAGUUGCUAUUAUUGAGUGUGGGCUGCACAAUCCCCCUGUUCUUUGUUCUGAAUUGUGCUCUGUUAGCUGACGUAGGUUGAACUAGAACACUUCCCUUUUUGGCCCAUUUUCUUAGUGAAGUUGGGAAGACUUCAAUAUAUACAGUAUCUUCAAAGGGAUUCUCCAUCAACUUGUGUUGUAGAAUUAUUCCCGUUUCCCCUGUUUGACUGUCUCUCUUCUAAAUUUCUUGACCAUCAUGAUAAAUCUGAAUUCCAUGAUUAAUGGAAACAGCCUCUGACACCAAAGCUUCUGGGACUGCACCAGAGAAACUGAGUGCAGCCAACUUUACCCUACAGCCCCGGAGAAGUCAAAUGUCUCAGGCAGUCAAAUGUUCUGUGUGACUGGGGUUUUGUCACGUCAUGUUUAUAAUGCUUCGCACCAAAUGAAAGCAGUCAUCGUUCUAUAUUUACUGCUCUAAUCUGUUGGUAUUAAGGUUUUUGUUCCGAUUUUUAGUCCAGGUUCUGAAAGUGAUGCACUAUUGAUUUUAACUGGAUCUUGGGAGGCUCUACAACAACAACAACAAAAAAUCCUGUUGAGAAAACCACUCUAAAUUUCUUCAUUCUCUCUAGUUGUCCUUUAAAUUUGUGGAUUAGGUCAUCUGCACCUGAGAAUAAGAUUAACACUUUUGGAAUAGUUGUGAUCAUUGUCACAUUUACUUUUUUGUUUUUGGUGAAACAUGUACAGUCAUAUCAUAUAUAGGCGAUGGAUCUUAACAAUUAUCUUUGCACAGAGGAUUUAUUUCACUGACCAUUUAUAGCAUUUCCAGAAUUUUAGGUGUGUGUUUUAAUAAAGGGAUUGUGUUUUUAGUGUUUACAAAUCAGCCAGAGAAAUGCUGCAGUUUUCUCCUUUAUGUCCUAUGCUCGUCACCCCAGGAAUACUCAAAAGGGUGAAUUUGAAAAUAAGUGCAAUUAGACCACUCAUUAAAUCAUUUAAAGGUUUAUAAUCAGACAGCAUUCCACAUUCAGACAUUCCAUGGUAAAUAAUGAAGUACAACUUCAUUGCUCUGUCUGUUUUAGUCUGCUUGUUUUUGUUUUCAGUUUGUUAGAUAUUUGACAACAAGUCAUUGGUUCAUUCAUGUCAGGCACUGUCAUGUAACUCAUCAUAUAUUUUUAUGUCCACUUUGCCCUUAACCUUUAAUGGUAUUGCAGCACCAGAGCAGACAACCUGACAGACUCUUGUGUCAUUAAUAUGACAGUUUCAGUAGACGGUUCACAUUUUUCCAUUUCUCUUCAAAAUGUUUCUGAAAUUGUCAACAAGACGUCACUGAUCGUCAACAUUCUUGCUGUUCUUAAAGAUCCUUCGUUUUUGAAGUAAAGGAUUAUGUGACAAAACAAAGUACUGUACCUAAGUACUCAAGUACUUGUUCAGUAAAGCACUUCAAGUUAAGCACUUUUUUUCUAUUUUAAAAAAGAUGUAAUUCUAAAAUCUUUUAGGGCCCAAUCACAAUACCUGCGCAGGUCUUAAAUAUCCCACAACGUCUUAGUACACAUUUUUAUGUUUUGUGCCUAAGUGAAAAGUAUUACAAGGGAAGUCAUAAUUACUCAAUUAUGAAAUGUUUGCUUUAUUUACUAAGCUAACAGCAAUGUUUUUAGGUCCUAGAGAGAGAAAAGAAAUGCGGAUAUUUUUGUGGUUUAGUGUUUUUAGGAUUAGGCUUCAUCUGCAGAUAAAAUUUGUAAAAGAGAUUCCUUCAUUUAUAUCCCUUGAACUGUUAUCAAAUUUAAAGGGAAUCAAAGAUCAGCAACACAUAGAUGUUUCUUGUAUUUAUAGUCACAUUGUUUCCCAUGUAGGCAGAAAGGAGAAAUGUGAACCUGUUCAUUAUAAUAGAAACAAGUAAGAACAUUUGUUCCAGCAGAGACCCUGUUGUUCUGUCAGUCCUUGCAAAAUUGAUGGUGAGAUGUUAGCAUGUUGAAAAUAUAAUGACUAAUGCAAUGCAACAUCGAGCAGUUCCUCAUAAAACAUCACUUUCUGUGUAUGGCUAUAGUCGGUUUGAAUUGAAUCUGAGGGUUAAUCCAAGCAGUCACAUACCUGUGUUGCCGUACUAGUGUAGUCUCUGUCUGACUCCGGGUGUCUUUCCUGAUGGAUGGCUGUGAUUAUCUGGAAGCAACAAAGGUCUGUUACUGCCUGUACUAACACUAGAUUCUAUUGUUGUCUGACAGUCACUAUGGUUAACAUGCACUGUGGCGUCUUGUUAAGUUCUUCCUCGUGUAACAGAACUGUUAUAAUAUUUCUACACCAAUAAUGGGUCCAACACCCCACCUUAUUGUUCAGACUGUGUCCUCAAAUGACAGACACAGUUGGAGAUUUUGGUCUGUGUUCAACCAAACACUGACCUUUUUACCAUACUGACAGCACUGACAGUAGCAUGUUUAAAGGGCGAGAUUUGUUAUUGAAAAUAUAAAGGUAAAUAAACAGAAGGCAUCUUAUCAAUAGAACCUGACACAAUGUAAGCAAUAUAUAAAAUAUCUGAGAACACUUCGUAGUAGUAGCGGCAUUUCUAUGCAUUGGGUCUUAGGGACAGCUCUGUGGGACUGAAAAGCGUGCUGCCAGAUGCAGUCUUUUCUGCUACUCAAGUUUGUUGAUAAAAGCCUUUUCUAGAAAUACCAUAACUCAUAUUAGGUUCCUGGCUAAUUUGGUCCUUAAUAACAUUAUCGCACACUGAAAUAUCAUUGUCUUCUCAGAGGUUUGUGUUUAAUUUGUCAACGUUCAUUCCAUGUCAACAACCAACUGUUAGGUCAAAUGUUUUUAAUCGUGCACACAGUGCCUCCUGUGACUUUACCUCCUGUUACCUCAUACUGAAAGA